UCAAAUUAGAGUCCAAUUAUGGAAGAGUAUCAAUUAGGAUUAGUUUAGGAAUAUUUUGUCUUAGAGAAAAAGCUUUUUGAAGCCUUUGAAUAGGCUUGCAAUAGUCAAACAAAAUGGAGAGUUCAAAAUUUCAUUAAUAAAAUUUUGAAGAGGUUCUCUCUUUUUUUGUAGGAUUCCGAGUUUCCUGUAUGGAUUCAAGAAAAUUCUAAUGGAUGUAAGGGUUUUGUUAAGCUAGAACAAUAUCUGGCCCUAUCAUGUUUUUCAUUCGGCAUCAACUGGUAUCAGAACUCUUUAGCAUCCUAGUAUGGUAAAAGGCGAUAACAAAAGCAACCAACCUAUUAACGAUGAACGUGGGGUGCAGCCAUCAAGGAAGCGACUCAAGUUCAUGAUGAGAGGAUGACUCGUGAAUUUCAGGAGAUUAGCAACAUGGCCAUCUAUUUGGAUUUGAAUGCAUGGCAAAGAAUAUUGUGUCAACAAAAGGGAUAAUUUUUGUGGAGUAGCUCAUGGACAACCUAUCGCAAUGUCGAAAGAGAAAGAGAAGGAGAAGGAGAAGGAGAAGGAGAAGUUGGGCUCAAAGCAGUUUAGGUGGUUACCCCCAAUGCACACCACCAUGCUUACCCUACUUGCUGAAGAGGCUAUGAAGGGCAACAAGCCCUCAAACACUUUCAUGGCAAGCUUCUUUGCCACUGUAGUGAAGGUCAUCUCUGCUCAGUUUGGGGUAGAGUGCUACCCCUCGUUUGUGGAGAAUUGGCUGCGUACAUUGAGGACUAUGUGGAGUACCAUCCAGACUCUUCGGAAGAAGAGUGGAUUUGGAUGAGACGACAACCUCAAGAUGAUCACAUGCGACACCAAGACCUAUCAGGAGGAAGUUAUGGCGCAUUAUAAGCAUGCCGAGUUUUUGAACAAGAGGAUAGAGAUGUACAAUGAGUUGGCCAUUGUAGUGGGUAAGGAUAUGGCCACAAGCAGCUAUGCUAAGUCAUACUUUGAUCUUGACACACAGCAAGAGAAUGAUGAUGACACUGAGAUUAUGGCCGACAAUGGCGAGGAGGGUAUGGUGGAUAAAAGGGAGAAGGGGAAGAAUAUGGUAGAAUCAUCCACCAUUGGGUUCAUAGCUUCAAAGUCCCACAAGAGAGGUCGUGCACCUUCCAGUGAUGAUAGUGUUCUCAUUGAUCUGUUUGAUCAGCUUAAGGAAAUUGCUGUGACCUUGAAAGAAAUCAACUGGUGGCUUGUUAAUUACACUAGUCUUUACUUUGAGGUGAUGGCCAUGGCAUCGAAUGAGUAUAGUGAAGAUAUGCUCGUAACUGCCUUUGACCAUUUGUGUGAAAAUAAGAAGGUAGCUAGGGGAUUUCUGGCCAAGAAUGCUAAGUUGAGGAAGUUUUGGAUAGAUAGUUAUUUUUUUACUCGACUCUGACUUGUUUGUUUGGUGUUGAUUGUGAUGGUAGUUUUUGGAUUUGGUAAUAUGUCGUAGUACUAAUAUUUACCUCUAAUUGUACCAUAUAUGUGACAGUAUUUUAUUAUCUGUAAACAUCUGCUAGUAUAAGCAGGUUAUGUGGUAUGGUGAAUGCCACAUUAUGUGCUUAUUGAUAUCAAUAUUAUGAAACUAUUUAUCGGAUGCUUUUUGUUCAUGU